CGAUACAUUACGUUACCGGCGGGCUCGGUUCGGAGUACACUGUUGGAAUAGGUUAGUCGGUAGGACCCUCAUCGCCACUGAUGAAGAAGAGAGGCGCUUGGUGUGUGAUCGCGUCCACCAUGGCUUCACUAGCCGUGCUCCUGAUGUUGAUGCACGGCACCAUCAGCACUCAGCAGCCGGGCAGCUCCAGCCUCAGGCACGACUACCAGCUGCUGGGGAGACCCCUCUUCAAGCUGGACCUGAACUGGCCGAAGAGUCCGGAGCUCUUCACCGGGGAGGUGUUCGGAGUCGCUGUGAACCAGCACGCUGGGGUGGUGUAUGUGGCGCAGAGAGGUGACAAUGUGCCCAAGGUGCUGGUGUUCACCACUGAUGGAGAUUUCCUCAUGUCCUGGAACACAACCACCCUGGAGAUGCCUCACGGUAUCUUUUUAGCAGAUGGCGCCUCUUCCAACCCCACCGUGUGGAUCACAGACGUGGGAGACGGCCCGUACGGCCACUGCAUCAAACAGUACUCGCCAUCUGGGAAGCUCCUGCAGGUGCUUGGUACGCCGGGCAAAAAAGGCUCCGGGUUGAAUCCUCUGCAGUUCGAUAAUCCUGCGGAGAUCUUCGUCCACGACUCUGGAGAGAUGUACAUCGUGGACGGAGAUGGUGGACUGAACAACCGCCUCAUCAAGCUGUCCAAAGAGCAGCAGGUGUUGUGGAUCCACGGAGAGAAGGGACAAGGCCCGGCUCAGUUCAACAUCCCCCACAGCGUGACUGUGGACAACGUCCACCGGGUGUGGGUGGCCGACAGGGGCAACAAGAGGAUCCAGGUCUUUAACUCCGUCACCGGGGAGUGGCUGGGGACAUGGGGGAGCUGCUUCACGGAGGACGCGCCAUAUUCAGUCCGCCUGACCCCGGACAAGAAGUACUUUGUGGUCGUCCAGCUCAACACCAACCAGAUUUCUCUGCUGAAUGCCCCUCCGGUGGGUUCCAUUGGCCAGUGCGCUGUGGCCAGCGUGAUCCAGCUGGCCGAGGAAGUCAAGCCCCACCUGGUGGACCUGGACCUGAAAACAGGGGCCCUGUAUGUGGCUGAAAUUGGAGCUCAGCAGGCCCAGAAGUUCACGCCCUUCAGUCUGGAAGGCAGCUUCCCGUAAUGCCAACGCCAACCGGAAACUAAAGGCACAUUCAAUGAGCCUUAACAAUCCAAUGAAAGUGGACUGAACAAGCCUUCAUAUCGACAUCGGGAGGUAGUCGUCCUCACGCAGUCCAGCAUGUUCACCGCCAUGUUGUUAGGGGAGCCCAGAAUGGACAGACCCAAUACUGUAAAUUGAUUUAGUGUAUCAAUGUCAUUUGUUUGAGACUAAUCUUCCUCUGACUAAGUAUGUGCUGCUUGUGUGUAGUGCAAAAAAGUGACACACGUACAUACUUGAGAUCCCUGCAGGAUGUUUGGUUGUAAGUAAAUACUGCAGAAAACCAUUCAGCAGUGUAAAUGUUCUGCUGUUAAAAAAUCAAAUGCAGUAGAAUUGGAUUCUUCAUAAUAGAGGAGAGGAUCAUGCAUGCAGUUCUUUGUCACGGACACACUGUGACCGUUGUUGCUGUUUGAGAAGUUAUGUGCCAAUUCUUUUUCUCUGGAGUCGUUAAAAAAUACUCCAGCUGUUUCCUUUCUUUGCUACAGACACUUUAAACUCCUUUUGUGGGUUUUUGCCUCCGCGUGGCCGAUGUUAAGACGUCUAAAAGGCCAGAACUAAGUUGUUAACGCACAACCUAGUGGCCUCUAAAUAUCUGUGAUGCACUUCAUAAUGCAGGGGAUCAAUAGUGUAGGUGUGUCUUAUUGUUCGUGGUGUCACUGUGAUAAUGGUAAUGUGAUCGCUUGUGUUUUCAGUUGCAGCAGCUUGUGUUGAGAAAUGACGUGAUAUUUUUGGCCACUUUCUACUGUUGCACCACUGAUGUUGAAAUGAGAACUGUUUUCUCCCUUUUUCUGUAUUCUCUAAUAAGUGUAAAACCUUGUCCAAUGGUUGAGCUGGAAGUGAACCAUGUGACCUGAUUUGCGGGUAAUGACAGGCUAGAAAUGGAAAAGUUUUGUUACGUUGACCUUUGUGUGUUUGUUCUUUUAUACGAGUGUCCCGACAUCACGCAGCCUUUUACCUAACACUAUGAAAGCUGAUUGUUGGGCAGAUCGUGCACGUUUUUGGUUGUAUGUUUUUAUGUUGCUAUUUCAUUUGUUUCGAAUGUUUUUUUUAAUAUAUAUAUGCCUGCUCCUAAGUCAGAUAAACUGUAAUAAUACUGGAGUAGGUUGUCUGUAUGAAAUUGUGUUGAAAUUGGUUGGAAGGUGUCUUUUCCUUUUAAUUCCACACCACUAGAUGGAGCUCAGCUCAUUUCUAAUUCCUAAAUGAGAUGUAUUUACUUUGCAGCUUGUUGUGCUGCCGUGUAAAUACAGAAAGGAAAUGUAGCUUGUGAAUGCAGAUUUAUCUAUAACUUAAAAUUAUUAGAAAUGAAUUUCCUUGAGGUAUUGUUGAUGAAGAGAUGUAAAAACACAAGCGUAUCCACAUUGCAUCAACAUGUUCGGGUGAGUGUUUGACUUCAUGAUGUCUGGCUGCAAUUAUCAAAUAUUCUUAGAUCUGUCACUAACAGUAUAUAAAAAGUACUAUAAAUGUAAUGAUACAAAAUUAAAAUGAGUUUUGAAGGGGAA